GUUUAUUUCUGUUACAUUCACAGCACUGCUCAGAGCUCACGAGUUCUCCCGUCACAUUUACUUGCCACUUGCAUGGUGUGUAUUUGCCGUGUAACUUCUAUCAGAUACAUCCUCCAUGCUGCACAGAAUCCAUCAUCCUUCAGGGUAAUAUCAGACCUCACCUAUUUAUUUUAUAAUAAACAUCUUUUAUCAACAUCUUUAGACUGAACUUCUAAUAACUCUGGAGAAAAAAAGAAGAAAAGUGAAAGAAUUACAAUAUAAUUAGACCACCUGGCUGUGUACUUUUAUUAACAGCAAAAUUAAUCUAUUUAUUAGGAACGGCAGCACGUUCAUUGUGUAAGUAAAACAUUUCACACAAAGCCGCCAAGUUCCAAAGGUAUGUUACAUAUAGCCAAAAAACAUAACUGCCAGAAUUUGCCAUAGGUUACAAAACCAGACUUUGCUCUCCCACAAUUUUUAUUUAUUAAUCUUUGGGAAACGGUUUGGUUUUCUACAAGCUCUAAGUCGAAAGGGCACGUGUGAUUUGGCAGACUAAUGUAAUGUCUUAUGUGCUCCUGUCAAUUUCAGGGAAGAUAAAAUCUACAAGGAUACUUAAUUAAAAAAGAAUGCGAUGUCUGUUUUAUAAAUCACUGCUGCCAUCUGCCCCCCAAAUGCGGAGCCUGGAAGCGGUCUUGUGUCUAACCAGCGUGGGAAAAAGCCUGGAUCUGAAUUAAACCAACUUACUGAAAUAACUUUUUCUUUUUCUUUUUUUUUUUUUUUCCCUAAGUACAGGCUGAAGCCUAACGCGGCACCAAACACCGACGUUUCCUACUUGGCACUAUGCACAGAAACCCGCGUUAAGGUCACAUAAAGGCAGGCGGGCAGCGCUCCCACGGGUGCCGCCAGCUCCGGGCAGCGCCGGGGGCCGGAGCCUGCCGGGCGGGGCAGGGGCUGCGUGCGGGUGUCACAGUCCGUGUGUGCGAGGAGCUCUCGGCGCGUCCCCCGGCUCCGCCCGCAGGGCUGCCCCGGGCUGACCCGCGGGCACGCCGCCGUGGGGACGGAUUUACGGCAUCGGUGCGGCCGGGGUCUUAGGAACUGCCGGGCAGUCCCUCCGCCGGCGCGGCCGGAGCCCGGCUCUGCCUGGGGAUGACCCGGAUCCCCCCGGUUUUGUCGCAGCCUGGCGGCGGCGGGACGCGAGUGGCGGUGAGAUAGAAGAUGAAUUCAGCUGAAAUCACUGAUGAUGAUGAAGUUAAAAUUCCUAAAAAAAAUGUGAAAGUAGAAACAGAAAACGAAGAUGAAGCUCUAGACUGCUCAGUAACUUCCAGAUCUGCUGAGAAACACUCACUGGAUGGCGCAGUGACUUGCCUACAGGAUUCCAACAAAAGGAAACAGACCUCCCUUGGCUGUGAUGGGUCAGGAGGCCAGCAGGAUGCCUUACCCAGCGUGAAGAAGAGACGCUUUACGCAAGAGGGCUCCCUUUCAAACAUGAGGAACAGAGAUGCUGGCUCACCCACUCAGGUAAAUGCAGAGCAGCCAAACAAGAACAAGAAUUCUAAUGUUACAUGGCUCUGUGAAGAAGAAUCCUUCAGUGACAUAAUCACGCCAUCUUAUAAAAAACCUCUCUAUGGCAUCUCACACAAAAUCACAGAGAAGAAGAACCCACCAGGAGCAGAGCAGUUUGCUUCUUACGAGUUGUUUGAAAAAAUCAACCCCAGCAGUCCCUCGCAAAUUCGGACUUUGAACGAUCAACGCAAAAGAGACUCAGCCACAGCCAUUGCAGUAGCAGCAGCCACAGCAGAUUCAGAAUCAAAUAUAUAUUCUUUGAUACAGAAAAUGUUUUACACGCUGAACACCCUCAAUACCAAUAUGACUCAGCUUCACAGUAAAGUUGACCUGUUGUCUCUGGAGGUUAGCAGAAUUAAAAAGCAAGUCAGUCCAGCAGAGUCUGUUGCUGACUUCAAGCCUCCCCCGGAGUACCAGCUGACUUCGACGGAACUCAAACAAAUCAUGGAUCAAAGCACAUCAGGUGGAGACCUGGCUUGCCGGUUGCUCGUGCAGCUCUUUCCAGAGCUCUUCAGUGAUGAUGAGUUCGGCAGGAGCUGCAGUACAUGUGGCUUUCUCAACAAAAGGAAACUUGAAUCUCUUCAUCUGCAGCUUAUUCGUAACUAUGUGGAAGUUUGUUAUCCUUCUGUGAAGAGUACAGCUGUGUGGCAGUUGGAGUGUUUGCCUCAAGUCAAUGAUUUUUUCAACAGAUUUUGGGCUCAAAGGGAAAUGGAAAACAGUCAGCAGAAUGUGCAAUCAUCCAGUUUUUAUGAGACUGAGCAGGUUGAAUCCUCUCAUUUUAUUGAGGAUAAAGAACAGGAAGAAGCUUUGUCCUUGGACAGGAGUAAUGUCAUUGCCUCAGAUUACAUGCUGGAUGCUCAGGAUCUCAAUGAAUUUUUAGAUGAAGCUUCUUCACCAGGAGAGUUUUCUGUUUUUUUGUUGCACAGACUGUUUCCAGAACUCUUUGACCACAGAAAAUUAGCUGAAAGGUACAGCUGCUUUGGAGACUCUGGAAAACAACUGCUGGAUCCUCAUCGGCUUCAAAUAAUCCGUAGGUACACGGAAAUUUACUUUCCGGAUGUGCAAGAAGAAGAAGCCUGGUUGCAGCAGUGUGUUCAGCGAAUAAAUGAUGAGCUUGAAAGUACGUAUAUGGAUGGAAGUGAAUGUGACCAGAUGAGAGAUGACUGUUACGAUUCUUCUAGUUUACCAGAUGAUGUAUCGAUCAUAAAAGUGGAAGACAGUUUUGAAUAUGAAAAGCCUGGCAGACGGUCAAAAAAAAUUUGGCUUGUACCCAUAGAUUUUGACAAACUUGACUUUCCCCCUCCUGAUUUUGAUGUCCCAGUCCCAGAUUACCUGUUGAACAAAGAACAGAUUAAAAGCAUAUAUGAAAGCAGUCUUUCCAUAGGCAACUUUGCCUCUCGAUUGCUUGUUCUCUUAUUUCCUGAACUAUUUACUCAUGAAAACUUAAGGAAGCAAUACAACUGUAGCGGAUCUUUAGGCAAGAAACAGCUCGAUCCCACUAGAAUUAAAUUAAUUCGACAUUAUGUGCAGAUACUGUACCCCAGAGCAAAGAAUGACAGAGUGUGGACAUUGGAGUUUGUUGGGAAGCUUGACGAGAGGUGUCGACGAAGAGACACGGAGCAAAGGCGCUCGUACCAACAGCAACGGAAGAUCCAUGUGCCAGGUCCCGACAGGAGGGAAUUUCUCACCUAUGCAAUAAACCCUGAGAGAUUUCGGGAAGAAUUUGAAGGGCCGCCACUGCCACCAGAAAGAAGUAGCAAGGAUUUUUGCAAGAUACCACUCGAUGAACUUGUUGUUCCUAAUCCUGACUUCCCUGUGCCUUCUCUGUAUUUGCUGUCUGAUAAGGAGAUAAGAGAGAUAGUGCAGCAGAGCCUGUCAGUUGGCAACUUUGCUGCCAGGCUUCUCGUAAGACUCUUUCCUGAACUCUUUACUCCAGAGAAUCUGAGACUGCAGUACAACCAUUCAGGUGCUUGUAAUAAAAAACAGCUUGAUCCCAUCAGACUGAGACUGAUCCGUCAUUACGUGGAGGCAGUUUAUCCUGUGGAGAAAAUGGAAGAAGUGUGGCAUUAUGAAUGUAUACCGAGCAUCGAUGAAAGGUGCCGGCGUCCUAACAGAAAAAAGUGUGAUAUACUGAAAAAAGCUAAGAAAGCAAAAAAAGUGACAGGCUCUUUAAACUGCUAAGACUUUGACCACUAAAUUAUUGUCAGGAAUAUGCUUUGGUUUAGACUGAAGGGCCUGUAGGGAGCUGGGGGUUCUCAGCACCUGGGACAGUCAGGCACUAAAUUUGUUGUGCUUCAGUGUGUGUGUUGCAUUUGUGUUGGCACAGCAGCAAUGGGAAGUGGCUGACAACAUUUGUACAUGGGUAAAGACCAUCAGUGACAGCUAUCAAUGACUCGCUGAGAGCAUGAUAUUCACUGGUACAAAUACAUGUAUUGAAACUAUUGCUCCACUCCCCAUUUCUGCAUCUUCCUUUUCUAUCACUUUCUAAUAAUAAAGAAUUUUUUUUUAAUGGUUGUGCUCUUCAAGAGCAGUUUUUCAUUAUACCGUUAUAAACAGUAUUUUUAAUUAAUUCGGAUUUUGAAAUGUGUAGACUAAACUUAAUUUAAAUUUGAAAGUGCCAUUUUCAUUUGAAAUCAUUGGAAUAUUAGACUUUGCUUCUACAGUAACUGCAGCUUCACACUUGUUUUGUUCUUCAUGAUACUGAGGUACUGAAAGCUAUGAUGCUGUGUCAAAGAGUAGGUCAGAAUGGUGUCCUUUGCAUUUUUGACUGUUACGUUAGUUUUUUUUCUAAAAUCAAGAAUUUCCUGUUGAAGAAUUGAGACAUGAGCAUAAACACUGUGUGAAUGGGGUUUUUUUGUAUUGACACCACAAGCUUGGUCCUGCCCUUGUGAGUUCUGUUAUUGUUUUGUCCAGUGUAACUGCUGGAGUGACUGAGGAUUGCUUGUCUUGAGUAAAGCCAGCAGAACAGACCCAAGCCUAUACCCAUGGAACGUCUUCCCAUCACCUGCUCGCCACCCUGUUUGUAAAACAGCAAAAGCAUCAGCAACAUCAAAAAGACCUGAAAUAAGAACUUUAAAAAAUUUUAGACCUUAUUUCCUAUCAAAAUCAUGAUUCCAAAGGUGUUUCCAGUGUUGAUAUUGAAUUGCAUAUACAAAAAGUAUGUGCAGAGAUUGGUUUUGCGGUGAAAUCCAGUGUUUCAGGGUCCCAGCAUAUGAGCUGUGGAAAUGUAACUCAUUCUUUCCAUGAAUGCAGCAGCAUCUGGAUAUUUUGGGUGUAGGGAUAUAGAACUCCCUCACUUUGCCAAAUUGUUUUAGUGUAAUUAGUAGCUAUUUGGAGACAUAACUGUGUAUGUAUAACUUAGGUUCGUGUGGUCAAGUUUGAAUCAUUAAUAUGUUCAAGUGUAACAAAGACCACCCAGAACCUGAUAUGAAUUUGCCGUAUGACUUGUCACUGGAGAGUGCUGCUUUAAAACUAAUUUUCUCUUUCUUUUUUUAAAAAAAUUUAAUACUGAUAGAAAGGGUGAGAGAGAGUCAAAUAUGAAUUCUUAAUACAGUAAAGACAGUGGUUGCCUACAGAGCAUCACUGGAACACCUUGGAGCAAUUGUUGAUGUUCUCUGUGGUCCUUUUCUGUUGUUUACUUAGAUGGGUCAUAGCAAAUUUUAAGUCAGUUCCAGUGUAAUUUUCUAUUUUAGCAUUUGUAAGGAAGUAUAAAAUAUUUGAUAUUUUUACUUCAGAUUUUUAGAAUUUAUUGUUCUUAGACUCAUAUUGAUCCCUUUAAAAGGAAAACAAAGUGGUUUUCCCUGAUGGCAAGAACUAGUAAACGUAUUGUGUUAAACUGGGAGUAAAUCAUAGUUAGUAGCAUUUGCUCGUUUUGCCCAUAUGCUAGAAACAUUCUCAGAGAAUGUAUGAAAAAAGUCAUGAAUGUACUAAAUAACACAUUGUUUAUAUCCAUUUAAAUGUUUCCUGUUGGUUUAAGUAAUAGCAGACCAUAUUCAAAAUGGAUAUCGGAGCAAAUACAGCUAUAAUAAAUCAAAAUCAUUUUACCAAAGAUAAAGAACUGAUACCACAAUGUCUGCAUCUGUUCAUUUUACUGCAUAAAUUUAUCAAAUUGAAUGUAUCAGAAACCAAGACUCUCUUGUCAUUGUAUGCUACCUAGAAACUCUGUGAAAUGUUUUUUACAUGCACUUUUAUGGGAUAUAUAAAAUAACAGAAGAUCUUAACGACUCUUUCAUUUGUGGUUGCAAAUGGCUGGCCAAAAGGUAAGAAAUACAAUUUUAUUUUCUUAUCUUAAUGUCAUAUGUUUCACCACUUGGUGAUGUCAAAGCUCCCAGAAGAAUUCAAUAUAUACUGAACAUUUUUACAAGGGAUAGACGUUACUAGCUAGCAUGCAAGGCUUUUAACUGUAGCUGUUGAUAUUAAGUAAAAAAAUCAGUCAAUUGAUAUUAUCUAAAAAGUAGUGAAAAAAAAUCAGUUUGACAACUUUGACCAUAAAAAUUAUAAUUUUUUAAACUGGGUAUACAAAUAUUUUUGUUGUGUUUUUUCCUCUUUUUAUUGCUGUGUACAUUCCUUUUGUCCAAUUCUUCACAACCCUUUCAUGAUUCAUUUGAUUGUAUGAUUUAUAACUGAUAUCAAGAAAAUACAGACGUAUAAAUAGUGGCAUAGUUCACUAACAAAAGUUCUUGCAGCGCAUCUGAAGUACAGCCACUUCAUCCAGUUGGUCAGUCUUGUAAAUAUAUUAAAGGUAUAUUAUUUUCAUACAAGAGGAAUGUUGUCUGGUGAUUGUUCAGGUACAAGCAGGAUUUUUUUUCCUAUAAAAUCUCUUACUAAGAUCUGAGAUAACCUUAGCUAGUCAGACAAAUACAUAAAGGAAAACACCCCAGUUUCUGCAUCCAUUUAAAAAGAUUUUUCUGUCUUUCAGACUUCUUAUGUUUAAAGGAAUAAACUUACAAUUUUGAAAGUGAAACUGUGAUAAAAGGGUUGCUAGAUAUUGAAGUGUUGGGUGCCUGCGUAGCCAUGCUCACUGUCUUCCUGUGGAUUAGCAUUACUUUCUACCUACUCAGUUAAGGUGGGUAUCAAGUGUCGCUACUUCUUACAGUGUAAAUAUAUCAGCUUUCAGUAAGUAUUGAAUAGCCCAUUUCUAAGCUUUCUAAAAGAAACAGUGUAGUAUGUAUCAUAAUUCUUUAUUUUUGCAUCCUACACAUUUCCUACAACUUAAACAUUUCCUUAGAAGUUCUGAAAAAAAUGUAAAACAGCACAUCAAAAGGGAGGUGAAGUAUACAUCAGUUUAUUGCCCCUUAAGUGUAUUCAGGUGGCAGAAUCAACAACAAAUGUGUUUGCAAAUGAGAAAAGUCUUUGCUUGAAAUCACUUUGUUAUACUGAUGCAGUACAGCCAACAGUGUUUCAUGUUCUAAGAAAUGUUUGUGACUUUUUAAAUUAUCUUCAAAAUGCAUAUAAUUUAUUUCUAGGUACAUUUUUUAAAAUCUGUCAUUUGUGUCUUCAGUUAUUGUUUGAUGUUUAUGUCAUAGCAGUGAGAAGUAGAAUUGUGUGCUCAAUGCUCUACAAAGGCACACCAGGUCUAGUUUCCUGCUGGAAGGGGCUAAGAUGAAUUCUUCACCCCCAAGAAACCCAGAAAAUAAUCUGCAGGUUUUAUUUAUAAUUUAUUUCCAUUCAGAUUUUGUUUUGCUGAUUAAAGCAAUGUGGAACAGCUGGAAAAUUCAAUGUCUUAAUCUUGCCUUGAGGACAGGGCAUAAAUUGACAAGUGUUCUUACUUACAAAAGUACAUUUUAGUUGAUUGCACUUAAAAUUUAUGGAAGAACAAAUGUGGCAGGUUUUUCUGAGUAAAUGAAACAAAAUCCAUCACUGUUGUUGCAAACAUUUCUUUACUGCCUUGGUUUAACUUUCUGAUUUUUUUCCCAUUAUUACUGCAAGUCAGCACCAAUGGAGUUACAGAUUUUUCCUCAGAAACAUUCUGAAAGUAUCUCUCUUAAUGUGCCUGAAGUUGAUAAAAAUGAAUAGAUGAAGUUAUGGUUUACUUUCCUCUUAAUUCUCUUUUAAAACUGACUUUGCUAAGAAAGGCAGAACAAGCAAGAAAAAAGACACAUUUGUCUUCAUCAUCUCCCACCUACUUUUCUUGUUGUAGUAAAUGUUAAGACAGAUAAAUUUCUAGUGCUUUCAAUAGUGCUUUCAAAUCUUCAUUUUGCCCUAAAAUUCAUUCAUCUAAACUUCUCACUGGUAGUAAUAGUCUUAAUUUCUUAUAGAAGUGUCUUGUAGAAUACAUAAUACCUGUCUCUGUCAGAGCUCCCAUAAAUCCUGUUCUGAGAGGUCGUCUCUCCAGCAGCAGAGUGCCAGCUGAGGGAGCUGCCCUGGCUUCGUCAAGUAGAUGACUCCUAACAAAACCAAAUCUCCAUCACAUUCACAUUUUCCUUGUACGUCAUUUGACUGGCAGGAGAUUAGCCCUUACACUGUAUUAUUUUUAUCCAGCAUAUUCCUUUUCAUUUUUUGUCAUUUUCUGGUUGCUGUCAUUUCUAGCUAAUGGCCAUGAAAGCUUGUGACAUGAGCAGACCACUUGCUCUCUCCAUUUCCUGGUGUGUUCCAUCAUGGGACUGUGGUCCCCACUGAGCAUUUUUCUUUGAUUAACAAUUCAUAAGGGAGAGCCAAUUCCCAUGGGAAAGGAAGAACUGUAAUAGAAGAGAAAUAAAGCUGUUCUUUUCCCA